AUGGGGCCUCAAGACUUGGUGGAUGACCUCAAACUUGCCAUCACAUACAAAUAUCCUACAACGCUAGCGCGUCAGUUUGACCCUGCUGACCUUCAGAUUCAUCUCAAGGUGCCCGACGAGCCAGUGAAGAAACAUAAACCUAAACAGAGUUCGCUUAAUAGAAUCGUGCUGGAACAAGAAGAGUCCAAUAGUCUGAAUAGUGGAAGUGGUAUUGCAACCAGUCGGCUGCCUUCGUUACCAGCAGCCUCCACAUUUGGCGGGUCGAUUGUGGUGUUGGAGCCUGACCAGAACAUAUGGGAUAUCUUAGAUGAGUACUUUGGAGGAUCCAUGCACAUGGGAGAGGCACUCAAUAUUGUUGCUGCUCAAAGACAACCGUCAAUGCCAUAUGGGUUUGUGGAUGUUCCCGAUAGAUUUAAUCUGCGGCCUCUUGAUUUCCCCCAGGGCCACAGGAUAUCUAGCUCCAUGGAAGGAGGCAUUAUCCCUCCUGCUCGUGGUACUUCGCCAACGAAUGUUCUUAUGAACAACUACCAUCAUCCUAAACCGCAGCACGCAUUCCAAGUGAAUGCUAAUACCAUCACUAAGAACACGUCCGUGUCUCCAUCUCUUUCACACCAUCGUCUAUCUCCUGUUAAUGGAGCUGUCAACGUCCAUAAGAGAUCGCACUCUAAUCCUCCACAACUGCCUUCUAUGGCCAACGUUAACCAUAUGACGAAGAACAAUGGCCAAGCGGUGUUGCUUCUACCGAAAAACUUUACCUUGGGAGAGCAAAGUCAUCUCAAACGUUAUUCUUUGGAUGAGAAUAUGGUCAACAAGAAUUUCCCAGCGUCGGGCCACGGCAAGUCGUUGUCUGAUUCUACGAACGUCACCAGUAUUGGAGUCAAUAAGGAAGCUGGUGACUCGUCUUCAGAUUUGGAAGAAAGAGCUAAUGCCACUUCCCGCAAGACAAGCCAGGAGCUUUCUCGUUCAGCUAGCGGCGCUCAUGAGCUUCCAACAGAAGUCAAGCCAAAAAGAUCUGAUAGCGGCAAGAGCGCUCCAGGUACGCCGUCUAAAUCUUCAAAUGGCCGUGACGGGCUAGCUCCAGCAGACGUAAGAGAUGCCAAACCAACCUCCACAUUCGAAAGAGUUCUUCCGUCCCUUCUCGUUUUGGUGGUGGAAGAUAACGCCAUUAAUCAGGCCAUUUUGGGCGCUUUCUUGAGAAAACACAAGAUUAGAUACCAGAUUGCUAAGAAUGGUCAAGAGGCCAUCGAUAAAUGGAGAAAAGGUGGAUUCCAUCUUGUUCUAAUGGAUAUCCAGCUUCCGGUAAAGUCUGGAAUUGAAGCUACAAAAGAGAUUCGUUACUUAGAGAAGGUAAACAGAAUCGGUGUAUUUGCCCAGCAUGAACUCUCCAAGCUGAAUGGCCAAAGUUUGAAGGAAGACGAGAAACUAGACCUCAGCGUCUUCCGUUCUCCAGUUAUUAUCGUGGCUCUUACAGCCUCUUCCAACUCCUCGGUCGAUAGAAAGAAUGCUUUGACAGCAGGCUGCAAUGACUUCUUGACCAAGCCCGUCAACUUGGUUUGGUUGCAAAAUAAGAUCACAGAGUGGGGUUGUAUGCAAGCGCUUAUUGAUUACGACGGCUGGAAGGUGAAGAGAUCUUCGAAGGGUGAGCCAGCGAAGGUUGCCGUCAAGAAAGCCCCUGGAAAUACCAAAGAAUUGGAGAAGCCAUUGACUGCUUCCUAG